AUGGCACAGCAAAAACUUCAUUUCGAAACUCUUCAACUUCAUGCAGGACAAGAACCAGACCCCACAACAAAUGCAAGAGCUGUACCAAUUUAUGCUACAACUUCAUUCACUUUUAAAAAUGUUGAAAAUGCAAAUGCCAUAUUUAGUAUGAAGGAAACUGGACAUGUUUAUAGCAGAAUCGAUAAUCCUACAUUAAACGUAUUUGAAAAAAGAAUGGCAGCACUUGAAGGAGGUGUCGCAGCUCUUGCAACAUCUUCAGGACAAGCGGCGCAAUUUAUGGCAAUCAUGAAUAUUUGUGUUGCUGGUGAUAAUAUUGUUUCUUCAAGUUAUCUUUAUGGUGGAUCUUACAACCAAUUUAAGGUUACACUUCCGCGUUUGGGAAUUAAUGUGAAAUUUGUUAACGGUGAUAAUCCCGAAGAUUUUGCAGAAUUGAUUGACGAAAAUACUAAAGCUAUUUAUUUUGAAUCUGUGGGAAAUCCAAAAUUUAACAUCCCAGAUUUUGAAGCAAUCAGUGAUAUUGCACAUAAAGCAGGAAUACCAGUAAUUGUGGAUAAUACAUUUGGAGCGGGAGGAUAUUUAAUUCAACCAUUUAAGCACGGAGCAGAUAUUAUAACUCAUAGUGCAACAAAAUGGAUUGGCGGACAUGGUACAACAAUUGGUGGAGUGAUUAUAGAUGGUGGUAAAUUUCCAUGGAAUAAUGGAAAAUUUCCGAUGUUUACAGAUCCUUCAGCUGGCUAUCAUGGCAUCAAAUUUUGGGAUGAGUUUGAUAAUAAAUCAUUUAUCAUUAAAGCACGUUUAGAAAUAAUGCGAGAUGUUGGUGCAUGUCAAAAUCCUUUCGGGGCAUUUCUUUUAUUACAGGGUAUUGAGACUUUAUCAUUACGUGUACAAAGACAAGCGGACAAUGCUUUAGCAUUAUCCAAAUGGUUAGAAAAACGGGAAGAAGUUUCUUGGGUUUCUUAUCCUGGACUUGAAUCUCAUCCUUACCAUGAAAAUGCCAAAAAAUAUAUGAGAAAUGGAUUUGGUUGUGUAUUGGCCUUUGGAGUGAAAGGUGGUAUCGAAGCUGGUAACAAAUUUAUCGAUUCUCUUACUCUUACAAGUUAUUUGGCGAAUGUAGGAGAUGCAAAGACUUUAGUUAUAAAUCCGGCAGAAACUACCCACCAACAAUUAACUGAUGAAGAACAAAUUAUUACUGGUGUUACAAAAGAUCUUGUUCGUAUCUCGGUAGGUUACGAACACAUUGAUGAUAUAAAACAUGAUUUCGCACAAGCUUUCGAAAAAGUCAGAGAAACCGGGUAUGAAUGA